GAAAAGCUACGCACGACGUGCAGUGGUUCAAAGAGGAAGGAAGAUGGCGGACAACAAAGGCGAGGAUGAUAUGGACACCUCUGUUAAUUCAGACACAGCGCCUCCUGCACAAGACAGUGGGAAUUCACAAACGAACGAAGACAACGUGGUUAUAGUAAUUGAACCGAAUUUGAAGGAUGAAGUUCCAGAGUCGCGGGAGAGUGCCCCUACGGCCCCUCUACCAUCCACCAGCGAAGAAGGGGAAGCUAGCAACAGCAGCGGCGGCGGAGCGGGAGCCGAAGCCAACGGCGAGGCGAGCAGCACCCACAGCCCCGCCGAGAACACUAGUGCGAACCAAGAGCCCACUGCCACGGAGUCCCCGGCCACCGGGGAUGCUCCCGUGAGCGGACUGACCACUGAGAUGUCGCCCCCUCCCACGGUCCCGCCAGUUACGCCAGCUGCCAUCCCUAUUAAUCUUUUGGAUACGUGCGCGGUGUGUAAACAGAAUCUCCAAAACCGAGAAUGUGAACCCAAACUUCUUCCCUGUCUACACUCGUUUUGUUUGAAAUGUAUACCUCAGCCAGACAGACAGCUAAGCUUACAGGUGCCCGGACCACACGGACAGACAGAGACUCAUAUAGUGAACGUCAUGCGGUGCACGGUCUGUUGCCAGGACUACAAGCAAAGCGACAUCAUCGACAACUACUUCGUCAAAGACACGUCCGAGGCCACGAACACGUCGAGCGAGAAGUCCGCGCAGACUUGCACCAGCUGUGAGGACAACGCGGGCACCAUCGGCUUCUGCGUGGAGUGCGCCGAGUGGCUGUGCAAGACGUGCGUGGAGGCCCACCAGCGGGUGAAGAUCACCAAGGACCACAAGAUCCGCACCAAGGACGACGACGGCGCCGGGGAGGAGCCCACCACGCCAGCCCCGGCCUCAGCAGGACAGAGGCCCGUGUUCUGUCCGGUCCACAAGCAGGAACCGCUGAAGCUCUUCUGCGAGACCUGUGACACGCUCACCUGCCGGGACUGUCAGCUCCUGGAGCACAAAGAACACAGGUACCAGUUCCUAGAGGAGGCCUUCCUCAACCAGAAGGGCAUCAUCGAGACCCACAUGACCAAGCUGCAGGAGAAGAGGGGCUACGUGGGCUUCUCGGUCGCCCAGGUGCAGACCAGGUUAAAAGAGCUGAGCGAGACUCACAGGAAGGUGGAGCAGGAGAUCAAGAUCGCCGUCUUCACGCUCAUCAACGAGAUUAACAAGAAGGGCAAGUCCCUGCUCCAGCAGCUCGAGGGUGUGACCAAGGAGAGGAACCGGCGGCUGGUCACGCAGCACAAGGACACAGCCCAGCUGGCCCAGCAGAUCCACCACGUGCUCAAGUUCUGCCACUGGGCCAUUACCACCGGCAGCAGCACCGCCCUACUCUACAGCAAGAGGCUGAUUCUGUUUCAGCUACGGCAGGUCCUCAAAGCCAGGUUGGAGCCCGUACCGCAGGCUAACGGAUCAGUGCGCUUCUUCUGCGACCCCACCUUCUGGGCCAAGAAUGUGGUGAACCUAGGUAACCUGGUCAUCGAGAAGCCCCCCCAGUCGGCGCACCCCGCCAACGUGCUGGUGGCCGGCCCCCCAAUCCCGUCCGCCCCUGGCCACCCGAGCAAGCACCAGGGCCAGAUCAACCUGGCACAGCUACGGCUGCAGCACAUGCAGCAGCAGCAGGCAGCGUACGCACAACAGAAGCAGCAGCAUCAACAGCAGCAGCAGCAACAGCAGCAACAGCAGCAGCAGCAGCAGCAACAUCAACAACAGCAGCAGCAGCAGCAGCAGCAGCAGCAGCAUCAGCAACAGCAGCAACAGCAUCAACAGCAGCAGCAGCAGCAUCAACAGCAGCAUCAACAACAACAGCAGCAUCAGCAGCAGAUCCAACAGCAGAUGCGCAUGGCGUCGCAACUGAGCCAGCAACACGCAAGGCCUUCGAUGGGGCAGGCGGGCCCGUCGAUGGUACAGCAGCAGCCCCCCAGGCUGAUCAGCAUGCAGCAGAUAGCCAGGGGUCCUGUGCCCAUGAACGGGGGGCCGGGCCCCCACAUGUACCCUUCCUCCCACCACAUGCGUCUCCCGGGGCCCUCGCCCCAGGCACGCAUGCCCAGCGCCCAGCCGCGGCACAACGGGCAGCCCCAAUACCCCGGUAUGAUGCAGCCCCAGCUACAGAGACAGCAUUCGAACCCGGGGCACGCCGGCCCCUUCCCCGUGGCCUCCCUGCACAACGCCAACCCCACCAGCCCCACCAGCGCCAGCAUGGCCAGCAUGGCCAGCGCCCACGGCCACCGGGGGACCACCAGCCCCAUCGUGGGGCCCAUCGAGCUCAUCCCCUCCGUCACCAACCCCGAGAACCUGCCCUGCCUGCCUGAGAUCCCCCCCAUCCAGCUGGAGGAUGCUGGUUCCAGCAGCCUGGGUCAGCUGCUGACGCGCUACAUCACGGCCAGCACACACGCUCUGCCCCACCUGCCACUGAACCUCGGGGAGAUCAACCUCUCCCCGGGGCCCUCCACCCACUCCCCCGGCUCCUCAGGUCUGUCCAACGCCCACACCCCAGCUCGGCCCUCAAGCAACUCCAGUACAGGCAGCAGGGGCAGCUGUAGUUCUGCAGGGCGGACGGUGGUCCCGGGGGGCCCUGGAGUGGACCAGGUCAGGGUCAAGCAGGAGCCCGGCACCAAGGAGGACUACGGCUGCACCGCCUCCAACUCCUCCUCCUCCAACUCCUCCGUCAAGACGGAGCGGGGGAACGACUCGGGCCGGAGCGCGUGCAUGAUGAGCAGCCCAGAGAGCCCGCUGGCCCCCCUGGGGCUCCCCCCGCCCAGCAGCCAGGACGUGUACAAGCCCCUGGGGGACCGCAUCAAGACGGAGCCCCAGUCGGACGCCCCCUGCUCCGGCUACAACGGCUCCGGCGACGCUAGCGCCUUCAGCUUCCCUUCGACGACCUCCGCCGCCGCCGCCGCCAACACCACCACCACCACCUCGUCCUCCUCCACGUCCACCGGCAGCACCACCACGCCGGCCCCCCCCCCCGCCGCCGCCGCCGCCUUGGCCCCCACGAACGAGGCCCCCUCGGACCCGCCGCUCACCAACGGCACGGCGGGCACCAGCCCGUCGGAGAGCUCCCCGGCGGAGGGGGGGGAACCGACCGGGGCCGGUAGCAAGGAGGACGACCCCAACGAGGACUGGUGCGCCGUGUGCAUCAACGGCGGCGACCUGCUGUGCUGCGACCGCUGCCCCAAGGUGUUCCACAUGAAGUGCCACGUCCCCUCCAUCAAGAUCUUCCCCAAGGGAGACUUCCUGUGUACGUUCUGCCGGAGUCUGGACACCCCUGAGAUCCAGUACUGUGACGACAGCAAGAGGAAUUCUGACCAGAGCUUGAGUCCUGAGGACCAAAGGCGCUGUGAGCGUCUCCUGCUGUACGUCUUCUGCCAUGAGCUCAGCGUGGGCUUCAGGGAGCCCGUGGCCACCUCGGUGCCCAACUACUACAAGAUCAUCAAGCAGCCCAUGGACCUGCAGAAGGUGAAGAAGAAGCUGCAGGUGCGCAGCGCCCAGCAGUACCGCAGCACGCAGGACUUUGUCUCGGACGUGCGCCUGGUCUUCAGCAACUGCUCCAAGUACAACGAGAUGUCUCGAAUAAUCCAGGUAUAUGAUGAGGAGAAACAGAUUAAUACGCAGGUGGGCUCCGAGAUGGCGACGUCGGGCAACGCGGUGAGCGUGCGCUUUGAGGAGAAGCUCAAGGAGGUGUACCCGGGCCAGAGUUUCCCCGAGGCGCCCGAGCCGGAGUUCCAGGAAGGAGGAGGGGAAACGCCGAAGCCGCAGACGCCGCAGAAGGAGGACGAGGCCACGGACGACUCCGAGGACGACUUCAUCCAGCCCCGGCGCAAGAGACUAAAAGUGGACGAGAAGGCCCUGCACAUCAAGUGAGGAGGGUCUCUUGCGGACCCCAGGCUCCGACCUCGGAGGUCCCAGUGUCCGCCGAGCCGGGGGGAGAAGGAGGAAGCAGUCUUCGCUUUUUUCCUCGGCUUUUGCUCGGUUUUUGCUCGGGCUGCGAAGGACUUCUCUGGGCCCAUGUGGGACAAAACACGGACUGUACAGAUGUUGAACUCUCGAGGUCGGAAAGAGGAAUCGGCUCCCGUUCCCGAUCACAGACGCUCCCGAAUCGCGCUUGUACAGAGAACGUUAUGGUAGUAUUUUGUUUUUGCGGUAGUGAAAAUACCUGGAGCUUUGUUUUUUUUUAUCAUUAUUAUUAUUAUAUUUGAAGAUUGGUUUGUGAAAUUCUGCUUUCUAAAACCAUUUGAACAUGCCCAUCCCCAGAUUGUAAUGUAUUAUAACUCUACUUUGACAUGAAACGUAUCAAGUGUUCGUAUGACACUCUGAGGGGUUGUGUAAAUAAGAGAUUAUAGCCCAACUGAAGGUAUUCCUCUGGAUAUUGAGUGCAUCGUCAAUAAAAAAAUGGUCUUGGAAUAUAUCCAUAAAAACGUUGCCUGUGGUUUUUAACCUGGAACAGAGUUUACAGGUUUACCAGACACGUCUAUAUUGUGGUCACACUAAUAUAGGGGCCCAUUUGUAGUGGCAUUAGAAAGCAUAUUGUUUAAUUCCGAUAGCAUCCAUGUCCUCCUUUCACAUAGGACUUAACUCAACCGACCACAUUGACAUAAAAUGUCGUUCGUGACUUUUAAUCAUCCACUAUGUCUGCUCAAUGUUUAAAAGCGGAUAUGCUAUAGAUGUCCGUUGCUGAAGGAGUUCUUGGAAGUUGCGUGAGUAUGUCCUUCUAUUUAUCCCCACUUACCUAUGACAUUGUUCUGAAAGUCUAGAACGAGAACUUGAAAGUAUUAGUGCGAGGUUAUGGGCGGGUGGUUUGGGAAACAUAACGGGAAGCCUCCACAGUCUGGCGCAUGUUUGCGCUGAGUUGGCAGAUAGUGGCUUGUCGGUCGUCAUGUGAUACUUCAUCUUUAUCAGGGUUUGAAGGCGAAUUGUUCUGAAUCACAUUGAAAUGAUCACAUUUCUCUUUUCAAAGCGAUUAAAACAAAGUAGGAUUAGUAAUUGGGGCGUAUCAGCGUGCAUGUCCGUUUGGCUUGCAUCUCUGAAACAAUCGUGUUGAACAUUUGAACUCUUGGGAGUCCUGCCUAGCACGCCGGUCACGAUACCUUAGCCAUAAAAUAACGCUUCAUCAAUUUGCAUACAAACCGAGGCUGAUUUAUGAACCUUCACAGGCCGCUCUAGUUACGCGGACGUGUUUUAUAAAUAUUUCUCCCAGCGAGAUGUAAGAAUGCGAAACCUGUGGAUGAAUGGGGGACCCAAUGUCAAAAAAGACAUUCCAGCACUUAUAACGGAAUAACUAUAGUGAGUCAAGGCGAACUUCACAAGUGUUAUUGAUAUGUGACGUUAACAUGUGAAACUGUCGACAGUGGACGCACGUUUGCAUUGGACUGAUCCGAUUGCAAUAAAAUAACAAUCUUAAGAUGCUAAUGCUAGUGAGCCUUGUAUUUUAACUGACCGGAUGUAUCAUGUGAGAAUGAAUAGAUACAUUAACGUGAUUAAUGGGCGUUAGUGAUUGUGUUGGUUAAUA